CCGCCCACCUGCUCCAUCCGUCGUCUCGUCCGUCUCGACAAAAAUAGUUUUUGGUGGAUCCAAUUUUUCGAUUUCCCUCUCUUUCUCAAAUCCUUGGAGGGAAAAAAGGGAAUCAAAUAAACGCUUCAAUCAAAAUAUUCAAGUUCAAAAAAUUUCACAGCCCAUUCUCUCUCUCUCUCCCCUGACUGGUAGUCGCAAAAAUCUAGGGUUUAGCUGAGCACGCGAGUUCACCGUUCUCUGUUUUCGAGUUUGGAGUCCGGGCGCCGGACGGAGGAUGCUUUGAGGUUCGGAAUUUGCUCGGCAAGCUGCUUGAACUUACUCCGAUCUGAUUUUUCGCAAGAUAUUGAGCAUUGAUCACUGUUAGCUGGUGAACACGAAACUUGUGAAGGAUUUAGUGUUCUUUUUCCUGUGACAAUGCAAACCAAGAAGAGACUUUCCGGGAGGAGUAGUUGUAGAGAGAAUGGAAGCACUAGGGUGUCCAGAACUCAGAGGAAAGGAUCGGAGAACACGCAUGUUGGUCAAAAGAAAGCUACAGAUCUAAUAACAUCUUCGGCAAGAAAGCCGAAAUGUGGCACAUCUGCAAAGAAACUUGUAGAGCCUGUGGGAGGAACAGAUUUGGACACCAGAUCUGGCCUUGCCAAUGACAAAGCAUCCAGUGUUCCUUCUGAUUGUGAUGUGGUGAAUAAUGAGGGUUGCUAUGUCGGAGCUACUGAACAUGCAUCUGAAACUAUAUUUUCUCCUGGUCAUCACAAUGAAGUUGACUUUAUCAAAUCAUUCCGGACUGCCGAGCAGGCUUCUCUACAAGAUAGUGUCACAGGGUAUUCGACCAUUGAUAUAACAACCUUUUCAUCUACUGUUGAGGAUAGCAUAUCAGAUACAGAGGGAGCUGGGCUGUCAUCUGAAGUUUCAGCCAUAUACCUUGCCAUGAGGAAUUCAAAGCUUGAAUGUGUGGACGAGCAUGGACAAGAUCCUAUGUCGACUGAUGUGUGCUUGGAAGAGGAUGAGUAUGAAGAGUUUGAGGAUUUUGACCCGUAUUUCUUCAUUAAGAACUUGCCUGAAUUAUCCUCAGUGGUCCCCACUUUCAGACGUGCUUUGUUGCCCAAGCAGACUCGAAGUUGCCCGCCAACCACUCUCGUCUUGGACCUGGAUGAAACUUUGGUGCACUCCACUCUAGAACCAUGUGACGAUGCUGACUUCACAUUUCCCGUGCACGUUAAUCAAGAGGAUCAUAUGGUUUACGUUCGGUGUCGUCCUCAUCUUAGAGAUUUCAUGGACAGAGUUUCUACUUUGUUUGAGAUAAUCAUAUUUACGGCUAGCCAGAGUAUUUAUGCAGAGCAGCUUCUGAAUGUUCUAGAUCCAAAAAGGAAAGUGUUUCGCCACCGUGUCUACCGGGAAUCUUGUGUUUUUGUGGAGGGGAACUACGUCAAAGAUUUGACAAUCCUUGGCCGUGAUUUGGCUCAUGUUAUCAUAGUUGAUAACUCCCCGCAGGCCUUUGGAUUCCAAGUAGACAAUGGCAUUCCCAUAGAGAGUUGGUUUGACAACCGUGAUGAUCAGGAACUGCUCCUGCUACUUCCAUUUCUCGAAACCUUAGCAUGCACCGAAGAUGUUAGGCCUGUGAUAGCCGGGAAAUACAAUCUCCGACAAAAAGUUGCUGCUGCUACUUUCCCUUCUCUAACCUCAUUUGGAGAUCCUCUCGAAAGGUUGCCCUCGGCCAGGGGAGGAGAGGAAAGGAGAUCUACCGCCGACAAUUCUGGUGUUGACAUCUUGGCGGCGACGUGCUCAACGGCGGCUUGUGGAGUGGGCAGAGCAGAUCCGAAGGCGGCUUGCGGAGUGAACACGACGGCGGCGUACCGCUUCCCUUCCUUCUCUCUCGUCGCUGUCGCGCAUAAGGUGAAGGAGGCGGAAAUCACCGAGCAGGAUUCGCUUCUGCUGACGAGAAAUCUGAUGAGGAUAGCGAUUUUCAAUAUCAGCUAUAUCAGAGGCUUGUUUCCAGAGAAGUAUUUCACCGAUAAGAACGUUCCUGCUUUAGAGAUGAAGAUCAAGAAGUUGAUGCCUAUGGAUGCUGAAUCUCGUCGACUGAUUGACUGGAUGGAGAAAGGUGUCUACGAUGCAUUACAGAAGAAAUACCUCAAGAUGCUUUUGUUCUGUGUAUGCGAGGCAAUAGACGGACCGAUGAUAGAGGAGUACUCAUUUUCCUUCAGUUACUCUGAUUCUGAUAGUCAAGAGGUCUCCAUGAACAUCAACCGCAUUGGAAACAAGAAAAAGGGAGGAAGCUUCAAGUGUACCUCUGUGACGGAAUGCACUCCUAAUCAGAUGAGAAGUUCGGCUUGUAAAAUGGUGCGCACUCUUGUUCAGUUGAUGAGAACUCUUGACAAGAUGCCUGAAGAGCGCACCAUACUGAUGAAACUCCUCUACUAUGAUGAUAUCACGCCUCCAGACUAUGAGCCGCCAUUCUUUAGGGAGUGCUCAGAAGAAGAUGCUCACAAUCCAUGGACUAAAAGUCCUCUGAGGAUGGAGGUUGGAAAUGUCAACAGCAAGCAUUUUGUGUUGGCACUCAAGGUAAAAAGUGUGCUCGAUCCAUGUGACGAUGGAAAUGAGGACAUGGAAGAAAAUGCUGUGAACUUAGGAGCUGAUUCUGAUCCAGGCGACGACUCUUCAAAUGGCUCUGACACUGAGGAUAAUGAAUCAGAAGACCGAUUCAUAGUAGCACCAGCAGGCAAGCAGAAGCAAACAGAAAUAGAUUCUGGCAUCCCUGAUCAAGAUGAUACUCAGGAUCCGGAGGAAGAUGAACAGCAACUUGCUAGGGUGAAGGACUGGGUUAAUAGUUACCAUCGUGAUACCAUUGAACUAACUGAUAUCCUCUCCCAUUUCACAGAUAUCACAGUGGCUUUGACCGAAGAAAUCAUCGACAAGCUUGUGAACCAAGGUGUUCUAUCAAAAGCAGGCACAGAUCUUUACACCAUAAUCAAGCAGAAGACAUCUGAGUUUGACUUCAUGACGGUCAAAGAGGAAAUGAAAGGCCAAGCAGCACAAGUUGGGGAUAAAUCUCCACAGGUCGAUGAUUACUUGUACAUGAAGGCUUUGUAUCAUGCCCUUCCAAUGACCUACGUGACCAUACCAAAGCUUCAGAAUGAACUUAAGGGAGAAGCUUGCAACCUGACUACGCUGCGUAAACUCAUGAACAAGAUGACCAACGAUGGUUAUCUUGAAGCAAAAGGCAGCCGCAGAUUAGGCAAGCGUGUGAUCCACUCCUCGGUGACUGAGAAGAAGCUCACGGAAGUGAAGAAAGCCCUCCUCCAACUCCAAGACGACCCAAUGGAUCUCGACACUAAUGAAAAUCAAACCAAGGCAGCAGCUCCUGCAGAACAGCCUAAAUCCGGAACGAAACAGAGAGACAACAAUAACUCAACCUGCGGAGGUCUCCAUUCGGUCGGGUCGGAUUUGACCCGGACGAAGCUGGGAUCUGUCUGGACAGAGCAGACAGUCACGAAGCCGAGGGAACAUGGAAACACCCCAACUAGCAAGGCUGCUGAGCCGGUUGCUUCGAGGGAGAGCGGAAAUGUGGAAGCCGUUCUCUGCAGCCGAUCUUCUCAGGACCGGAAGGGCAGGAAAUCCAGCACGAUGGAAUCCGAGAAGAAGGCGAAGAGCGGUGGUGGUGGUCCGGAGCUGAAGCAUUUGGGGAUCGUGAGGUUGGCGGCGAUCAAGGCGCUGGUUACCGUCUCGAGUCUGUACGGGUACGCGAAGCAGAACUCGGGCCCGCUGAGAUCCGCCGUCGGCACCGUCGAGGGCGCCGUCUCCUCUGUCGUUUCUCCUGUCUACCAGAAGUUCAAAGGCGUUCCCGAUGAUCUCCUUGUCUUCUUCGACAGGAAGGUAGACGAGGCUUCCGCCAAGUUCGACAAGCACGCACCACCAGUAGCAAAGAAGGUAGUUGGCCAAGCCCAGUCCCUGUUCCACUCUGCAGCCGAGAAGGCUGAGAAACUUGUGAAUGAGGGCAGAACCAAAGGUCCCAAAGCCGCCUUCUGUUACACAGUGACGGAGACCAAGCACGUUGUGGUGAGCAACUCUGUGAAGGUGUACUGCAUACUCGACAGGUAUCCAUCUGUCCACUCGAUUGCGGAGUCCACUCUGCCGACUGCAGCACAGUGGUCGGAGAAGUAUAACGAGACUGUGAAGGGCUUGAGCCAGAAGGGUUACCCGCUGGUUGGUUACUUCCCUUUGGUGCCGGUUGAUGAGAUCGAGAAGGAGUUUCAGCGGGAGAAGGGCGAGGUGAAGAAAGAGCAUGCAAAUGGAGGCACUAAGCAUAAGAAGGAAGGAGAUUCAUCUUCUUCAUCGGAUUCGGAUUAGGGUGUUUGGAAAUGUUUGAAACGUGGUUGGCAAUGAUGGUGAAACAGAGGUUUCGUUCUCUUGUGUGUGUAGAAAAAAUCUGUAAGACCCUCUGAAAUGCUUUCUCGGAAGACUGCUUUAGCAUGAAAUGAUAAUGCGAGAGAGAUUUGUUUAGUGUAAGUACAGUUUGUUUCAGUUAGGUGGCUUUGAAAACAGUACUUUGGGGUUUGUAGGGUGAAUCGUGAUACUGUAAGGCGAAGUUCGUCAUUGUAGUUUGGCUUGAGCUGCAGUUUGAAGCUUAAUUCAGAGUGGUCUGAAAUCUUCCGCCUCAGUUGAUUCAAAAUCUUAGUUCUGCUGAUUUGUUACAAUCUUCUCACGUCGACAAAGUUCACAAGUUGAGCAUCCUCUUACUAUCAGU